AUGUCCUUGCUUCCUCCCGAGGUCCACACCGCGCUGUCCCAGCUGCUGCGCGCCUUGAGCACUCCCGACAACGCCGUUAGAACCCAGGCGGAGGAGCAGCUAAACAAUGACUGGGUUCAGAACCGUCCAGACGUCCUCUUGAUGGGCCUGGUGGAGCAGAUCGAAGGCGCUGAGGACACAAUAACGCGUGCUUUCGCCGCCGUCCUUUUCCGUCGAAUCGCUACCAAGACGCGCAAGGAUCCUGUCACGAACGACACCAAGGAGGUCUUCUCGUCGCUCACCAAUGACCAGCGCGUUGUUAUCCGCCAGAAGCUGGUCGACUGCUUGACGAAAGAGACCGUUGCCGAUGUGCAGAGGAAGAUUGGAGAUGCAGUGGCAGAGGUGGCUCGGCAAUACACCGACAAUGGCGAAUCAUGGCCGGACCUCCUUCAGGUUCUAUUCACAGCCAGUCAAUCCCCCGAGGCUGGUUUGCGAGAGACUGCAUUCCGCAUCUUUACGACCACACCCGGUAUUAUCGAGAAGCAGCAUGAGGAUACCGUGUUGGGAGUCUUUACCAAGGGCUUCAAGGAUGACAACAUCUCCGUGCGCAUUGCUGCCAUGGAAGCCUUCGCCGCGUUGUUCCGUUCCAUACCCAAGAAGACUCAGCCCAAGUUCUUCUCGCUUGCACCGGACCUUCUCAACAUCUUGCCCCCGCUCAAGGAGUCCUCGGAAAGUGAGGAGCUGUCCGCAGCCUUCCUUGCACUGAUCGAGUUGGCCGAAAUCAGCCAGAAGAUGUUCAAGGGCAUGUUUAGCAACUUGGUCAAGUUCAGCAUCAGCGUUAUUGCCGAUAAGGAACUGAGUGAUCAGGUGCGCCAGAAUGCGCUGGAACUGAUGGCCACCUUCGCCGACUACGCCCCGAACAUGUGUAAGAAGGAGCCCGAUUUUGCGCAAGAAAUGGUCACUCAGUGCUUGAGCCUGAUGACCGAUGUUGGACAAGAUGAUGAUGACGCUGAAGAGUGGAAUGCCUCCGAGGAUCUUGAACCCGAAGAGAGCGAUCUCAACCAUAUUGCUGGUGAGCAGUGUAUGGACCGCUUGGCCAAUAAGUUGGGUGGCCCUGCCAUUCUCCAGCCUGCUUUCUCCUGGAUUCCUCGCAUGAUGUCUUCUACCGCCUGGCGCGACCGCCACGCCGCUUUGAUGGCCAUUUCCGCCAUCUCGGAAGGUUGUCGGGAUUUGAUGGUGGGCGAAUUGGACCAGGUUUUGGCGUUGGUGGUUCCGGCACUUAGCGAUCCUCACCCCCGAGUUCGGUAUGCGGGCUGCAACGCUUUGGGCCAGAUGAGUACCGACUUUGCAGGCACGAUGCAGGAGAAGUAUCACGCCAUUGUGCUGAACAACAUUAUCCCCGUGCUGAGCUCUGCCGAACCGCGUGUUCAGUCCCAUGCUGCCGCCGCUCUGGUGAACUUUUGCGAGGAGGCUGAACGAAGCAUUCUGGAGCCGUAUCUUGAGAAUUUGCUGUCUCACCUUCUGGAACUUCUGCGCAGCGAUAAGCGCUACCUGCAGGAGCAAGCUCUGUCCACGAUUGCCACCAUCGCUGACUCUGCCGAGAUGGCAUUCGGCCAGUACUACCCCACCCUGAUGCCACUCCUGCUGAAUGUGCUCAAGGAGGAGCAAGGCAAAGAGUACCGCCUGCUGCGUGCGAAAGCUAUGGAGUGUGCUACUCUAAUCGCAUUGGCUGUUGGCAAGGAGAAGAUGGGCCAGGAUGCCUUGAACCUUGUGCAGCUUCUGGGCAACAUCCAGCAGAACAUCACCGAUGCAGACGACCCGCAGUCGCAGUACCUACUUCACUGCUGGGGUCGUAUGUGCCGCGUCCUUGGCCGCGACUUCGUUCCGUAUCUGCCGGGCGUCAUGCCGCCUCUGUUGACAGUGGCUGCCGCCAAGGCUGACAUUCAGUUGCUUGAUGAUGAAGACCAAAUUGAGCAGGUCGAGCAGGACGAAGGUUGGGAGCUUGUUCCGCUCAAGGGCAAGAUCAUUGGCAUCAAGACCAGCGCCUUGGAGGACAAGAACACCGCUAUUGAGCUGAUCACCAUCUAUGCUCAAAUCCUGGAGGAAGCCUUUGAGCCUUACGUUUUGGAGACCAUGGAAAAGAUUGCUGUUCCUGGUAUUGCGUUCUUCUUCCACGACCCCGUUCGGGUGUCGGCAGCCAAGUUGAUCCCACAGCUGCUCAACUCCUACAAGAAGGCCCACGGUGACCAAUCACCAGGCUUUGCCGAGAUGUGGAACAAGGUGGCCGAGAAGAUCAUCGAGGUGCUGAGCGCGGAGCCGACGGUUGAUACCCUGGCGGAGAUGUACCAGUGCUUCUACGAGUCGGUCGAGGUGAUUGGCAAGAACAGCCUCAGCCCACAGCACAUGCAGGCGUUCAUCGAGUCCGCCAAGUCGACGCUGGAGGACUACCAGAUGCGUGUGAAGCAACGACUCGAAGAACAGGCAGAGCUGGAGGAGGGUGAUGAGGAGAAUCUGGAUUACGAGUAUGCCGUGGAAGACGACCAGAACCUGCUGAGUGACAUGAACAAGGCUUUCCACACCAUCUUCAAGAACCAGGGCACGUCCUUCCUGCCGGCCUGGCAGCAACUUCUCCAGUUCUACGAUGCGUUCAUCACCAGCCAGGACCCCACACAGCGGCAAUGGGCGCUCUGCAUCAUGGACGACGUACUGGAGUUCUGCUGCGAAGAGUCGUGGAACUAUAAGGAUCAUAUCAUGCAGCCUCUGGCAGCUGGUCUGCAGGACGAAAACGCGGCCAACCGGCAAGCGGCAGCGUAUGGUGUUGGUGUUGCCGCCCAAAAGGGCGGUGCUCCCUGGAGCGACUUUGUGGCAGCCAGCAUCCCCAGCUUGUUCCAGGUGACGCAGCACGCUCAGGCUCGGUCGGAGGAGCACGUUUUCGCGACAGAGAAUGCCUCGGCCAGUAUCGCCAAGAUCUUGCACUACAACGCAUCUAAGGUGCAGAAUGCUCAGGAUGUCGUGCCCAACUGGAUCGACACUCUGCCCAUCACCUACGAUGAGGAAGCUGCGCCGUAUGCUUAUUCAUUUGUUGCUCAACUGAUUGACCAGCAAAACCCCGCCGCCUUCAGCAAAGCCGACCGCGUGUUCGGAUCCAUCGUGCAGGCUCUCGACGCCGGAACGCUACAGGGUCAGACCGCUGCUCGGGUCGCCGAGUCAGCCAAGCGUCUGGUAGGAGCGACAGGAGUGAACGCGGAGCAGAUCCUGGCGAGCGUCAGCCCUACCAGCCAGGAGAGGGUGCGCAAGUACUUCCAGUAG